AUAACUUGUAAAAUACUAUAUCACCGUUAUAUUAAGUAUAAAAGACAAAAUGAUAAAAGUGUUUGUACUAAUCAGCUUUUUUUCAUUUUCUCAAUCAAAAAACAGUUUUAUGCCAAACUUGCCUGUGGGAGAAUAUCGUAUGAUAUUUGACAAAACGUACGCUUGUGAUCCAAGAAAAAACAAUACAAUUCAAUUCAAUAUUUAUUUUAGUAAAAAAACUCCAAGUAUUACUGAGUUGAAAGGGAAUGUUUCGUCUUUGAUAGACUUUGACGAUACACUUAUAGUUGAUGUAAACGCUGCGUCAUGGGGUACAACUGGUGGUUGGAAACAAAAUUCUAUGCUUUAUAUAUCAAAAAAAGCAUGUAGUCAUUUUAAAAAUAUGUUUGGAAAUUCAUGGUUUCCAUUUAUUGAAGGUUUUAACUUUCCAACAGAUAGCUGUCCUCUACCAGCGGGCACAUAUAGUACAACAGGGAUCGACUUGAAGCUAUUUGAAGAUCAUAACUUGCCCAAAGUAUAUUUUUAUGGAAAAUAUAAAUGUGUGAUUAAGUUAAAAAAUGUAGAAAAUAAAGUACUCGGCUGCCACGUUAUGGAAAUAACUCUUGUACGGCCAUGGGAGUAACGAUUUGGUAAAUUAAACAAAAUAAUUAUGGGUAGAUACAUACAGAGUGUAACAAA